AUGGCCACUGCUGCAGAACCCAUCGGCGCGACCAAGGUCCCCAUGUCUCGCCUCGAGCCCAAUGCGUAUAUCAACUACCAGCGCAUCGAGGACAACCUCGCCGUCAUCCGCGACAGGCUCAAGCGUCCCCUGACCUUGUCAGAAAAGAUUGUCUACGGUCAUCUUGACGACCCUCACAACCAGGACAUCGACCGUGGCAAGAGCUACCUCAAGCUCCGUCCUGACCGCGUUGCCUGCCAGGAUGCCACCGCUCAGAUGGCUAUCCUCCAGUUCAUGUCCGCCGGCAUGGACACUGCUGCCGUCCCCACCACCGUCCACUGUGACCAUCUUAUCGAGGCUCAGGUAGGCGGUGUCAAGGAUCUCGAGCGUGCCAUCAACAUCAACAAGGAGGUUUACGACUUCCUUGCGACAGCCACCGCCAAGUACGGUCUCGGUUUCUGGCGGCCAGGUUCUGGUAUCAUUCACCAGAUCAUCCUCGAAAACUAUGCCUUCCCUGGCGGUCUCAUGAUCGGUACCGACUCGCAUACCCCUAACGCCGGCGGUCUUGGUAUGGUUGCGUGCGGUGUUGGUGGUGCAGAUGCUGUAGACGUUAUGGCCGGCCUUCCUUGGGAGUUGAAGUGUCCCAAGGUCAUUCAGGUUAACUUGACUGGCAAGAUUGGCGGCUGGACUACCCCCAAGGAUGUCAUCCUCAAGGUUGCUGGCAUCCUCACCGUCAAGGGUGGUACCGGCGCUAUCGUUGAGUACACCGGUCCCGGUGUCGAGUCCCUCUCCUGCACGGGUAUGGCGACCAUCUGUAACAUGGGUGCUGAAAUUGGUGCCACCACUUCCCUCUUCCCCUUCAACCACCGCAUGGCCGACUACCUCAACGCCACCAGUCGCUCUGAUAUCGCCAAGUACGCUCAGCGUUUCGCACACAACCUUCAGGCCGACAAGGGCGCCGAGUAUGACCAGUCUAUCGAGAUUAACCUCUCAGAGCUGGAGCCCCACAUCAACGGUCCCUUCACUCCUGAUCUCGCUACCCCUAUCUCGAAGUUUAAGUCAGAGGUCGAGAAGAACGGUUGGCCAGCUGAGCUCAAGGUGGCCCUGAUCGGCUCUUGCACCAACUCCUCGUACGAGGAUAUGACUCGUUCCGCCUCCAUCGCAAGGGAGGCUGCCGAGCAUGGUCUUCAGACCAAGAGCAAGUUCACCGUCACGCCGGGUUCGGAGCAGGUCCGUGCCACCAUCGACCGUGAUGGCGUCAUCGGCGUCUUCGAGGAAGCUGGUGGUGUCGUCCUCGCCAACGCCUGCGGUCCUUGCAUUGGCCAGUGGGAUCGCCGUGAUGUGAAGAAGGGCGAGGCCAACUCCAUCAUUACCUCGUACAACCGCAAUUUCACUGGCCGUAACGACGCGAACCCUGCUACUCACGCCUUCGUCGCCUCGCCUGAUAUCGUCACCGCUUUUGCGUUCGCCGGCGAUCUCCGUUUCAACCCCCUCACCGACACUCUCACCGGUUCCGAUGGCAAGCCGUUCAAGUUCUCCGACCCCAGCGGCUACGAGCUCCCCCCUCGUGGCUACGAUCCCGGUCAGAACACCUUCCAGCCCCCUCCUGAGGACCGUGCCUCCGUUCAGGUUGCCGUUGACCCCAAGUCGGAGCGUCUCCAGCUUCUCAAGCCCUUCGCCCCAUGGGAUGGUAAGACCCCCACGGACCUUCCCGUCCUGAUCAAGGUCAAGGGCAAGUGCACAACCGACCACAUCUCUGCCGGUGGCCCCUGGCUCAAGUACCGCGGUCACCUCGAGAACAUCUCUCAAAACUGCUUGAUUGGUGCCAUCAACGCUGAGAACGGCGAGGCGAACAAGGUCAAGAACCAGGUCACCGGCGAGUACGGUCCCGUCCCCCAGACCGCUGCCUACUACCGUGACCACGGCAUCAAGUGGGUCGUUGUCGGCGACCACAACUACGGCGAGGGUUCGUCGCGUGAGCACGCGGCUCUCGAGCCCCGCUUCCUCGGCGGUCUUGCUAUCAUCACCCGCUCCUUUGCCCGUAUCCACGAGACGAACCUGAAGAAGCAGGGCAUGCUCGCCCUCACCUUCGUUAACCCCGAGGACUACGACAAGGUCCGCCCCUCGGACAAGGUCGACAUCCUAGGCCUCGAGUCGUUCGCUCCCGGCAAGAACCUUACCCUCGUCCUCAAGCACGAGGAUGGAACGAAGGAGGAGAUCCCUCUCGCGCACUCGUUCAACGAGGGCCAGAUCGAGUGGUUCAAGGCUGGCUCUGCUCUGAACCUCGUAAGUCGCAUUUGUUCGAGCUCAAGGUCUGAAAAUGUCAAUUGA